AUGCAGCAGGAAGGCGAGUCGACCACGCUCUGCGCCAACGGCUGUGGCUUCUUUGGCAGCGCGGCCUCGGGCAACAUGUGCUCGGUGUGCUGGAAGAAGACCAUGUCGGCGCGCCAGCUCGAGACGGCCAACUACACGUCGCCAGUGGUGGCCGCGCCCGCGCCUGUCGCGGCGCCCGAGGUCGUGGCCGCGCCGGCUGUCGCCGCUCAAGACGCCGCACCCGAAGACAAGAAGGACGAGCCUGUCGUGCAAAAGAACAAGAGCCGCUGCUGGGACUGCAAGAAGAAGGUGGGCCUCACGGGCAUCGAGUGCCGGUGCGGCUAUGUCUACUGCUCCAACCACCGGUUUGCGGACCAGCACAA